AUGAUUGAAUUAGUGAAUAGAUCGACGCGAACGAUGCAAAAAUUGAUCAUUGAUGACGGUAUGAAGCGCGUCAUUCUCAAACCAGGGCGCCUGAAGAUUUAUCGGACGGUCAAACUGAAACAAUUAAUAUUUGGUGUUUUGAGUUUAGUUGCGAUUGUGUUCACGUUAGUGAAUGCAGUUUCAUUGCAUAUAUUACCAUCGGUAAAAAAGUAUUUAUUACCAAAUCCGCAAAUCGGAUAUUUCUCAUCAAUACCGAUCGUUAGUUUUGAAACGUCUAUGGCCAGACUGACGGUCGUUGAUAUUGCUACUCGAGAUUUAAAUAACAGAACAACAAUUUCUCGUCGACUGAUGAAUGCUGACAGGGAAGAAAUCACUAUAUCUGUGGUGGCACUUAUUCAACCGAACGAUAUGACAAGUGAGAAGUUGGACACAUCGAAACUGAAGGUUGAUACAAGUAAAUUGAGUGCUGCAGUGAGAACGUUGGUGUCACCGCCUUUUGCGAGUGCUUCGCUCAGUCUUAAUACACAAUCAACUUCGAACGUUCUCAUUAUUGGACUUGGUGGCUCACAAAUGAACAACUUCUUACAUCACUUCUUUCCGCAUAUGAACAUAACAGUAAUUGAAUUAGAACAAACAAUGCACGAUAUAGCUCUCAAAUAUUUUGGUCUUUCGGAGGAUUCAAAUCAGCGUGUCAUUGUGAUGGAUGGUCUGGAAUAUUUGAAAGAAGCAGCUGAUAGAGGUGAAAAGUUUGACGCUGUUUAUAUAGAUGCGUGUCCUACGGCCUUUCCAUCGUCAGAAGAAACGCUGUGUCCCAUUCACGGAUUUCUUGACGAUGUUACAAUCGCUAACUUACUAGCGGUAUUGAGAGGAACAGGUAGAGUCUGA